GCGGGGACGUUGUGGAUGCUCGCUCAACAUGGCGGGGAUCUUGAGCACGACGUUGAAGGGGCUCAACAGUGACUCAUACUGCGCGAUCGGCGAGUACCGGGACCAACGCUUUAGAGGCAGCUCAGACCUGCAGGAGAAGGCUCUGAAGAACUCUACCACACUGUAUGUGGGCAAUCUGUCUUUCUACACUACAGAGGAGCAAAUCCAUGAGCUCUUUUCCAAGUGUGGAGAUGUCAAGCGUAUCGUCAUGGGUCUUGACAAGGUGAAGAAAACCCCUUGUGGAUUCUGCUUUGUGGAAUACUACACAAGAGCAGAAGCUGAGCAUUCUCUGCGGUUCAUCAACAAAACCCGGCUGGAUGACCGUGUCAUCCGAAUAGACUGGGAUGCUGGGUUCAAGGAAGGACGGCAGUAUGGUCGUGGGAGAUCAGGUGGCCAGGUUCGAGAUGAGUAUCGAACAGACUACGAUGUAGGAAGAGGUGGCUUUGGCAAGAUUGUUCAGAUGCAGAAAACAAAUCAACAGACAGCAAUCUACUAGCAGCUUCUUGGAUUGCAGGCAAGAGUAGGUGAAGUGGAAGACAGGAUUCUCCCAGGACUGUUGGGUGUGUGUGUUGUUAAUAAUGGCAGAACUAUCCCUGGACUCAUAGAGAGAGAGAAGGUGAUGGUUUAACAGCAUUCUUGGCAAUCUGCAGUUUUAAGCUGUCCAUGAGGACUUCCCCUUCUGGCUAACGGGUUACUCCUUCCAGGGUUAUGUGGUCAUUCUGCAAUACAUGAGGCAUACGGCCAAGGAAUCUCAAGCACUGUCAGAAUCUCUGGCCCAGCUGGAUGAGGGCCGGCGACACAGUGGUCUAUGGAAUUUGAAUGGCUGUUUACUCUCCUUGCUUCUCCUGAGUAGUAACAUUAGUGCCCUAGUUUGUCUCUGUCUCAAAUCCUUUUUUUAAAAAUCCUUUUUAAAAAAUACCUAAAUAAACUGUACAUCCUGUAUCUUCUGCUGUAGCCUGUGAUGAUAUGGUGGGUAAAGAGAAUAAAGAAUGCUAGUUCUCUCA